AUGGAUCGACUGGAUGAAUGGAGCUUCAAGUCCAAGAAAAUGGACGAGGAGGAGGAUUUCUGCUUCGACUACGGAGCGGAGGAAAUAACAGAUUAUCAAGACCCCAAUGAACUUCUGGCUGCUUUGAAACAAAAGGAGGAAGAGGUUAUUUUGGCAGCCCAGCUGGGAAACGCAUUGCUCCUGGAAAACCGUCAGUUGAAAGAGCAGAGCGAAAAACUUCAUGAACAGUACGCAGACAAGCUGGAGGAGCUGGAGCAGGGCAGGCAUGAGCUGCGGCUGAAGCUGGAGGGCUGCCAGUCCCAGUGGGAGAGCCAGGUGGGGGACCUGGAGAGGGAUGCGAGGGAGCUGAGCGCCCAGGUGGAGCGGCUCACCCGGGCGCUGGGCGAAGCCGAGAGGGACAAGAGUCGAGCCCAGCUGGAGCACAGCGAGCACACACAGCGACUCAGAGAGGAGCUGAAUACAGCGAUGGAGGUGGAGAGGGCCAUGUCCAGCGAGUUGCAGGCUCUAAAACAGGAGCUUCAACAGAAAGGAAGCCUCAACAGGCCGCAGGAUGAGGAGCUGAUCAGUGCCAUGAGGGAGCAGGUGUUGCGUCUCACCCAGAAGGAACAGGUGCUGGAGCAGCGUUUGGAGAGUGUGUGUCAAGAAAACGCUGAGCUGAGGGCGAGUUUGGAUUCUUUACAGACACGUCUAGCUCUGCACGACCAGCAAAAUCAGCAGCACAGCCAGCAGCUAUCCGAGGCCUGGCAGGAGGUGGAGGUGGCACGGAGCCGCUCACAGCAGCUGCAGGCCCAGGUGGAGGAACUUCAGGAGGUGUCCCUGCAGGAAGCCAGGAGCUAUGGAGACGCCUCCCUGCUGUCCGAGCUGGAGAGCAGCCUGGAGACGGCAGGGCUGGGAGUCAGCAAAGAAGAGAUAAUGCAAGAAAUGGGCUCCAUCCUUCAGUUACUGCUCCCACUGACCCAGGAACUGAACAGCUCAGGGAGGUCAGAGGUCCUGGAUCAACAGGAGGACCUGCAGGCCAUGCUGCACCGGCUGAAGGGGGUCGCCCAAACCCUGGCACAGGGAUCCAGCCCUCAGGAGCUGAAUCAGGCUUUUGUCGACAGGACGGGUGAUCAGUGUGGGAAUACGAGCGCAGCAGAGGAGCUGAGAGAUCAGAACAUCCGGCUGCAGCUGGAAAACACUGAUCUGAGACAGAAGCUGCAGAGCGUACAGGAACAAGCUGAAGUCGUCCAGCAGGCCAUCAAAGACCGAGAUGAAGCCAUAGCCAAGAAAAACCUGAUGGAGGUCGAAUUGGUGAGAAGUAAAAAUGAUAUGAUGUCUCUGAACAACCAGUUAUUAGAAGCCAUCCAACGUAAACUGGAACUGUCACAGGAGCUGGAGGCCUGGCAGGAUGAUAUCCAGAUCAUCAUCAACCAGCAGCUCAGGUCCCAGCAGCAGUCGGAGCAGCCUCAGAAGAAGCCCACCUCCAACGGCAUGUCAUUCUUCCGCAGGCCCAGCAAGACGACCUCCACCUGGACACGCCAGCCCUCCUCCUCCUCUUCCUCCUCCUCCUCCUCCUCCUCCUCCUCCUCCUCAACCUGGAGUUCGGACACAAAUCAGGACAAAACCCAAUCCCCCUGGAGGGAUUGGUUAAGACGCGGCAAAGGGGUGCAGUAUGGCAAAUAAUGUUUCUACCACAGGACCUCCUGAGAGAGGAAAGGACAGAGGGAAGUCACAAGUAAACCUCCCUGUACAUCAUGUAUGGUGCAAAAAGGCCAUAAAAACACUUUUAAUACAGUGACGAACAAAAGAGCCACAGUGAACAAAGACUUGUCAAACAGACAGUGACUAAAACACAUUUCACUGAGAGGCUGAGCCUUCCUGAAAACUAAACUGUGACAACCUGGAGCACUAACAUGUUCACAGAAUUACAUUUGAAGGUUUGCUUGAGACUGUAAAUAUUGUGCCUUAUUUUGUAAUAUUGUGAAUGUCUGACUGUCUGAGACUUUAUAUGGUAUACAUAAUACUGUAGGUGUAGAUGGGUAGAGAGCAUUUCUUUGGAUUAUUUAACUUCACAAAGUAAAGUGAGGAAAUAAACAGUUCAUUUGUAACUUUGUCUUAUCAUACCAAGUUGGACGUGAGAAGUUAGAAGUAAAAAAAAUGUUGAUUGUAUGUCUUCAUGUACACUGAGAAAGCUAUUAUUUUUCUAUAAUUUCAUUUUUUUGGUUUCUGAUUAAAAAGCAAACAAACAAAUAUUUUCUCUGAAUGAAAACUUGGUGUGGCAGACACACGUACUGUAUCUGUAUGUUCUGUGACUCAGUAUUCAAUGUUGAAGCUGCUUAGUUCAAACUGUGUUGUUUCCUAAGCUGUCCUACUGACCACAUCUGGAAUGAUUGCCAGAUGUCUUCAUAAAACAACAAAUAAUCCUUUCA